UGGGCCGCGGUGGCAGGCGCGGAGUCGAGCUCGGGUCGCGGCGGCACCAUGGUGCUGUGCCCGGUGAUCGGGAAGCUGCAGCACAAGCGCGUGGUGUUGGCCAGCGCCUCCCCGCGCCGCCAGGAGAUCCUCAGCAACGCGGGCCUCAGGUUCGAGGUGGUCCCUUCCAGGUUCAAGGAGAAGCUGCAUAAGGCCUCAUUCUCUACCCCGUACGCAUACGCCGUGGAAACGGCCAAGCAGAAGGCCCUGGAGGUGGCCGUCAGGAUGCACCAGAAGGACCUGCGGGCCCCUGAUGUUGUCAUCGGAGCAGACACCAUCGUGGCGGUGGGAGCGAUGAUCCUGGAGAAGCCUGUGGACAAGCAGGACGCCUACCACAUGUUGUCAAGGCUGAACGGGAAGGAGCACAGUGUGUUCACGGGCGUGGCCAUCGUCCACUGCUGCAGCAAAGACGGCCGGCUGGACACGGAGGUCUCGGAGUUCUACGAGGAGACCACGGUGAAGUUCUCAGAGCUGUCCGAGGAGCUGCUGUGGGAGUACAUCCACAGCGGGGAGCCCAUGGACAAGGCUGGUGGCUACGGGAUCCAGGCGCUGGGCGGGAUGCUGGUGGAGUACGUGCAUGGGGACUUCCUCAAUGUCGUGGGCUUCCCCCUGAACCACUUCUGCAAGGAGCUGGCACGGCUCUACUACCCGCCCCGGCCCGAAGACCUGCGGCAGGUCAGGCACGACUCCAUCCCCGCCGUCGACACCUUCGAGAACCUGAGUGACAUGGAGGCAGGUGGCUUGGACCCAGGUCAGAGCGCCAAGGGCGGCCAUGGUGGCGAGCAGGCGGACGGAGACCGGUCACAGGCUCCGGGCGCACUGAAUGCAGCCCUUAACAGGGCGGACAGCCGGCCCCCGUUCCCCACGGGCCUCCUGGAGCUGAUGGACGGCUUCAAAGCAUCCAAGGUCUCCCAAUGGCUGACCACGCCGACCAAGCCGGGCUCUGUCGGGGGUCUUGGAGCAAGUGUCACCCACCCCCCGCCCCAGGUCCUGUUCACGGCCUGCAAGCUCAAACUGUUUGAUGUGUUAAAAGACCAAGGCCCCCUGAAGGCCGUGGAUGUCGCCCGCAAACUCAACACCUGUGCGGGCAGGACUGAGCAGCUGCUGGAUGUCUGCGCGGCCCUGGGUUUACUGGAGAAGACGCACAGAGGUUACAGCAACACGGUGGUGGCGACCCUGCACCUGGUGUCAGACGGCGAACACUCUCUCCAGGGCCUGGCCGAGUACAAUGACGCCCACAUCUGGGGCGUCUUCACACGUCUGGACCUGGCCGUGCGGGAGGGGGCAGACCAGACCCGCGGGGCUCUGGGGGCGAUGGAGGGAGAACGCCUGUCCCAGAGCAGGGAGAUGACGCUGCAGUUCAUGAGGGCCAUGCACAGCCUCAGCAAGCUGACUGCCCACCACGUGGCCACGGCCUUUGACCUGUCCCGAUUCACCUCUGCCUGCGACCUGGGAGGCUGCACGGGCAUCCUGGCCCACGAGCUCACCCAGGAGUACCCGCGUCUGCAGGUGACUGUGUUUGACCUCCCAGAGGUCAUUGAGCUCUCUGGGGGCUUUCAGCGUGGCGGACGACAGGCAGAGCAGAUCCGCUUUGUGCCAGGCGACAUUUUCAAAGACAGCCUCCCGGAAGCAGAUCUGUACGUUCUUUCCAGAAUUCUGCAGGACUGGCCGGAUGACAAACUCCACAAGCUACUGAGCCGGAUCUCAAGCAGCUGCAAACCAGGCGGUGGCCUCCUGGUGGCGGAAGCGGCGGCGGCGGAGGAGGGGGCGUCGCGGAGCCCCCGACUGCGGACCCUGAGCGCGGGGCAGCCCCGGAGCCCCGACGAGCACCGGCGCCUCCUGCAGCGACACGGCUUCCGGGAUGUGCGGGUGGCGCGCGCGGGGGCCCUGCUGUGCGUGGUCCUGGGCACCCGAGCUGCGCCCUGAGGGGCACCGGGAACCCGGCGGGGCCCAGCGCCCGGGAGUGAGGGGCUCCUGCAGGGCAGGUGUCACCGAACAGAUUAAAGGAGGCGGAAAGCACGGCUGUCUCCGCGCCUCUGUGGCGCUUUGGACGCGGGGGACGCGCCCGGGGGAUGGGAUGCGCGGGCGGGGGGACCCCGGGGCCGGCGAGGGAUGCGCGCGCCAGGCCAGGUCCCCAGGUGAUGUCAGCAUCUCCCUCGCUCCCUCUUAGCUGGUGACUAGACCUCGGCGCAUCUAGACCCUAUUCCCCAGGGCUUCACUCGUAUUUUCAGUGCGUUUGUCCUCUGCCCUCCCGGCCGUGUGGACCUUCUCUGACCCGCAGGGCGGCGGAACCCACCUCUGCCCCCGUCCCUGGUGAAACCGCGUCCGGGAGCUCACGCGGGGGGAAGUUUCUGGGGUCAAGAUGCUUGUUUACCGCAAACGUCCUCCAGGUACCGGUGUGAGGCCAAGUGUCUCUUCUCUUAAUGACUAGGCGAGUACAGCGGUGACUGCGUAGCAAUGUAUACGUUGUCUGUUACGUGUACACCGUUAGAAAAAAAUGCCCCGAAUGUCAGAUGGGGUCCUUUCAAACAGGCCCCCUGUGAGUGGUGACAGUUCACCUGUGCUUUCCAGCUAAAACCACCGCAGACUGUUAGAUACAUAACUUCCAAGAAUAGAGACGUUAUGUAUAAUUUUCUAGGUGUAAGGAUAUAUUUUAGGGGCUUCCCUGGUGGCGCAGUGGUUAAGAAUCCGCCUGCCAACACGGGGGACACAGGUUCGAGCCCUGGUCUGGGAAGAUCCCACAUGCCGCGGAGCCACUAAGCCCGUGCGCCGCAGAUACUGAGCCUGCGCUCUAGAGCCCGUGUGCCACAAGUACUGAAGCCCAUGCGCCUGGAGUCUGUGCUCCACGAGAAGCCACCACAGCGAGAAGCCCGUGCACCGCAGUGAAGAGUAGCCCCCGCCCACCGCAACUAGAGAAAGCCUACGCUCAGCAACGAAGACCCAACACAGCCAAAAAUAAAUAAUUUUUUAAAAAUCCUUUAAAAAAUAUAUUUUAUAUAUUUAGAGCAUAUAAACUAUGUAUGUCAUAUAUAAAUGGAUAAGUAUAUAUUUAUAACAUAUACACACACACACGAGUAUGUAAUUUUGGAUGGACUCCAAUUUUAAAAAAAUCACAAAUUGUGUCUCCAUGUGAGGCAAAGACAGAGGAGGGAGGAAAUGAAACACUGGUUGUAAAGGGCGCUGUGCCAUCGCGAUGGGGUGCCGGCAGCUCUCCUGACAGGGACAGAGGAGAGGGGCCCCGGUGUGGACCUGCAGCUAGGGUCGCAGGAGCGCAGAGCAGCGCGCUCCGCCCACCCGGGUCCCCUCUGCCCGCCCCGUCCCUUCACCUGGGCAGGGCGGUGCUCGGCUGCUGGCAGGGCCACAUCCGCUGCGCGGUGGACCUGGGGUGACGCCCACCCUGUUCACCGUCCCCUUCCCAUCGCGGGAGGAGAGGUGAAUCCCUGCAGGUGACCCUGCCUCAGCCAAGGGCGCCGUGCUGCAGCAGGGCUGGUACAGGGCACGUGGGACGCCCGCGCUCCGGCCCGUCAGGGAGCCGCCAGCCGUCUGGACACUGGGUUUUGCUAGAAGAAACUGCACUUGUAACCAGAGGCGUCAGAGCGCCUGCCUCGGCCGGGGGGAGGGGGUGGUACCCGACCCCCCCUUAGUCCUGGCUACUGGGAGCCCUGCGGGCUGCGGGCAGGGGGGCUGCUACAGACAGGGCUCUGACCCACGACUGUGCCCGUAAACCAAGGACGCGCCCGAGGGACACGCCCAGUCGCAAGAGUAACCGGCAGAUGACGUUUGUGGAAGCAGUGAAGGGCCCAUGGCUUCCUUGUACGGCUCACUCUCCUUGUGCUGGAACAGUUUGCAGUAAGAAAAAAAAAAAAGAUAAGAAAUUAAAAG